AGCGAGCGCUGCGGACCUACGCCUCAUUUUGACAUGCAAAAAGACUGAACUCAAGACGACAAUAUCUGGCAUUGUCCAAGACCAAUUGACACCCAAAAAGAAGGGCUUCUGACUUGUUUUGCCCUCAUAAUUCCUCAUUGCCUAGUAUUCAUUUUCCACCUUUCUCAACUUUAAGUGAGACUCAUAAAAGUUAGCCAUCAUGUCUGCAGAAGAGAAGCCCAAGGACCUGGACAACAACAACCCUCCGGAUGAAGAGCAAGAAGAUCAAGAACAGCACUCUGGCGUCGAGAACGAGGACGAAGGAGACCAGCAGCAGGAUGGGCAAAACGGUGAUCUGAGUGAAGAUAAGUCAGACGACCAAGAUCAGGAUGACAACGAGCCGGCAACACCACCGCCUCAGCCAGAGCGCAAACAGUCCGGCGGCGGCGGCAGCCGCGAGAGGCAGCAGACUCAAACCCAGACCAAGCCUCGCCGGAGGAGAAGGGCCCCCUUCCAACGCCAGGUGGAGGAUAUGGACGACGAACAAGACAGGGGACAGAUGAUACCACGCCAGGACCAGCAGCAACAGAUGUUGUAUCAGCAACAGCAGCAGCAGCAGAUGAUGCAACAACAGCAACAGAUGCAGCAGCCCCAAAAGGACGGUGGCAAGAAGGACCCUCUCAAGCUGCGACUCGAUCUGAAUCUGGAUAUUCAGAUUGAGCUGAAGGCAAAGAUCCACGGCGACUUGACACUAGCUUUGCUUGAUAUGGACUAAGUGGUGGACUAUAUCAAAUCGAUUUUCGUCUGGCGGUUUUUAUUGAAACU